GCACGUACUAACUUGAGUAUUAAAGCGAAGCGCCGAAGCACCGAGAUAGAUCUGCAUGUCUGAAAUGAUUAUAUAAUCAGCACAAGUUAGCGAUCUAGAUAUGGUAUAGUCCCUCUUUGCAUUUCCCCGGGUGUUAUGUUCUAGAUCCUUUAGUGUGACUCUGCUCGCGGCUAUCUACCUUCUGCGAGACGCGGUUUUGUACUAUGGAUGGUUGACGUUUUGACGAUUUUCGAUGGUCGGUAUAGUGACGUCAAGGACCGCGAAGUAGGUAGUAGACGAAGCCGAGAGGUUGACAUCGAUCGACAGACCCCUUCCGGCGAGGCUGUUCGCGAUAGUUCCAAGCCACCAAUUUCUUGUCUUCUAAAGCUGAGCUGUCACAAACUAUACGUGUCUGUAUUACUUGUUAUCUAUUUUUUUUAUUUUGGAAAUGACAAUGUUGGGCCGUUUGUUACUUACUGCUGAUGCCUUGGCGAUGUGUUUUGGCACGAUUAUGGCGGAUUGUCUGAAUGAGACGCAUAUGUUCAACCCGAGAUGGCGACCUCAUGCUAAGUUCCACAACGCCCAGACCGUCCUCCUAGCCGUCAUGCUAUCGGGUAUAACCAUGUACUACACAUGGCGGGAAGCGAAAACCCCGGAAAUGCGUCGGGAAUUUGUAUUCGUGAGCGCUGUUGCGGGGUCGAUUUAUUGGCUUGCGGGACUGCUGUCGAUUCUAUUUCCUGGGACUAUGGGUGUUGAUCCGGAGUUUGGUGGCCCGGCGUUUCCGCAGGCGAAGGUUUUUAUCUUGUUUAUGAGCGCGGGAUUGUCGGGCUCUUGGUUGGAGUAUCGCUGAAUUGCUGGGAUUUGGGGGUUUGUGGGAUGGUGGUGAGGGGUGGAAAGCGAGGGGCUGAAUGGAUGGAUGGAUGACGAUUAGGAUGGCCCGUGUUGAGCUGAAUGUUGGACGGGACGUGCGUGAGGCUGUCAUAUAGCGAUGGGACGGCUGACUAUUUAUGGUCUUGUAUAUUACAAUUCUGACGUAUGGUGGUUAGCUAAAAAGUUACGAUUGAGGCCGAGGCGGGAUGAGCUAGAGAAAAUCUCAACGCUAAGAAAAAUGAUAAAAACGAUAUUCGAAAUGUCUAAGGAGUGGAAAUGUCCUACUGAGUGGGAUACGCCAAAUCAAGCCAGCCGAGCCUAAUGCAGUGAUUUUUCAAGCGGUCUAUUACUAUUUGCACACUGAAGCUUACGGGUAUACUAUCGUGAGUCUUCCCGUCGUUACCCCACCACACCUAUUCCCGCCGACUUGCCCCACCACGUUACACCAAAAC